AAAAACUUUGUAAAUUGCCAUUAGAUAAACUUCAUCGAUGAUAUAUUACAUAAUAAUUAUGUUGUUAAAGCAACAGUGCUGUAACAUGCCAAGCUAACAGUAUACGUUUUUCCGGUGCCGAUUUGCAAGUAUGUAACACUAAACCUUCUGAGGUAUACUAAAAUGGCUAUAAAAAAAGUUAAGAGCCUAGUAUUAGUAUUUAGCGUCAAGGAUCAAUUUGCCAGAACUCUAUAUGAUACGUGUGUAUCCGUUGCGGUACUUCCCUGUUCUUUGGUUUCGGCGCGUGAAGCUUCUAGGCACGGAAAACCCUAUAGUAGCUUCGGAAUCGGAGAGGAAUUUCAAGUAAGAUUUAACCCGGAUACACGGCGGGUUACUAAGAAUAUUGAAAUAGCUAAAAGCAUUAAGCGCCAAAGUUUUCAGAACUCUAUAUGAUACGUAUGUAUUCGUUGCAGCACUUCCCUGUUCUUUGGCUUCAGCGCACGAAAUUUCUAAGCAUGGAAAACUCU